AUGGUUCAAGGAAAGUAUGUUAAUAUACUUGAAGGAUUAGAAUUGCACACCAAUGUAUUCACUGGCAGUGAGCAGGAUGACAUUGUAGAGCAUGUAUUUUUGGAAAAAGACAUGGGGCAUGCUGGUCGGUUAAGCAGAAGAAUAUAUUCCGAGCCUAGGAAGUGGAAACGCCGUAAGAGAAAGGUUACAAUACAGCAUGGUUGCUGCUACAAUUUUGCUCAGGACAAAGUAGGAAAUCCGCCUGGAAUAUUUUGUCAUGAUGAAGUUGACCCUUUACCAUCAUUCAUAAAAAGGAUAAUCAUACGAUUGGUGACUUGGUGUAUCUUACCAGCAGAUUGUAUUCCUAGUAGCUGCAUAAUUAAUAUCUACGAGGCUAGUGAUUGUAUUCCUCCGCAUGUUGAUCAACAUGAUUUUGCAAGACCAUUAUGCACGGUCUCAUUUAUCAACAAGUGUAACAUUAUGUUCGGGACAGAAAUUCAAAUUGUUGACGACGGAGAAUUUCAAGGUUUUGUGGAGAUCCCUUUGCCUGUGGGCUCGGUUUUGGUUCUGCAAGGGAACAACGCUGAUGUAGCUAAACACUGCAUCCCUGGAGUACUAUAUCCAAGAGUUUCUAUAACUCUCAGGAGGGUGAAUGAGGACAAUAUGCCAUUCCGUUUUAGGCUUGAUCUUGAGAUAGAGAAUUUAUAG